UUUUGACAGGUGUUCAAAAAUUACAAUUUUUAUCGAUCAAACAAACGAAACGAAAAAUUCAAUUCAAUUUUCAAAAAAUAUUAACUAAUUUGUAUUACAACAAGAGCAUCAUGUUCCAAGAUAAAUGCCGAGUCACAUUUCAAGACACGAGAAGACAUAUUAAAUUCCAAAACAAUAACUUCAUACGAAGAAUCAAUGAAGAAGAUCAAAAGGACAAAAAUAUUCAGGAAGCAUUGAUGCGGAGCACCGAGGAGAACAAAUAUGUGCGACAAGUUAAAGAUUCUGUUCAAAUUUGCAGUGAACUCAAAGAAGAUGCACGAAGAAAAUUUCUCGAUGAAAAACGACGACAGCAAUUGAGAGAGAAUAGCCAGGAGCUGAAGGAGUUGGAAGUUCAACUGCGAGCAGCUUACAUAAAGAAAGCCGUAGCUGCUCAGAUCUAUGAACAGCUAUCUCUCAAGAGACAGCGUCAAUCUGAAGAAAAAGAGAUUAAUCUGAAGCUAGAGCAAGCUCGUCUUAGGAGUGAUGAAGCUGUAAGGAAGCUCGAAGAAGAAAAACGAGCUAAAAGUGCAAUUUUCAAGACAGAGCUUCAGGAGCAAAUAGCAAUGUCAAAUGCCCAACGAUCGGCCAAAUAUGAAACUCUCCUGAAAGAGAAGGAACGCAUGCAAGAGGUCGUGAGAAAGUGCAAAGAAGAAAAGUUGAAAGAAGAGCGUGAAGCUGCCGAGAAAAAAAUCAGGGUCAAAACGGAUAUGGAGGAGUGGAACAAGGUUCAGGAAGCAGCAAAAGCAGCUCAAAAUCAAGCUUCUGAUAAUGAAAACGAAAGGAUUAUGGAAUUGCUUAAGGAACGCGAUAGGGAACUAGAAAGAGCUAGACAAGAAAAAUUGAAGCAACGUCUUCUCAAAGAACAGAUUAGCGAAAGAAUUGGACAGGAAGUAAAUGCGAUUCAGUUAGAACAAGCCAAAAGCAGGGAAUACCUAAUAGAGCUUCUCAUUGACGAACGCCAAGCCAAAGAGGAGCUUGAAAUGCGUGAAAUGUUGAAGAAAAAAAUGCAACAAAGAACUGCUACCGCAAUCCAAUUGCAGCAAGAUCGUGAAGAAAAAGAGCAACGGAAGAUAGCAGAGAAAAAGCAAGAAGAGGAAUACUUCAACGAGCAAAUGCGUUUUCUAGCUGAAAUGGAUAAGUUGGAACAGUUGUCAAAUGAAAAACGAAGAAGGAAGCAACUAGAACACCGCAGAGCUCUGCAGAAUGCUUUGAAUGAAAAAAAACGUCUCAAGGCUGAGCAAAUGAAAGAAUUUCUUAACGCUAGAGAAAAGGAACUCAAAGAAGCUGAAAAAGAUGAGCAACUUGUUCAAGAAGAACGGAUGCGAAUGAUUAAACAACAUGCACCUGAUCUGUUGGGAUUUUUAGGACCAGAUGUAUUACGUGAGUCGGACAGAAAUCUUAUAUCGUUGCCACCAAAAUAAUUCUUUUGUGCAUUUUUUAAAUUUUAAAUAAACUAUAUCAUAUA